AUGAGCUCGACAUUCUUCAGUCGUGUGGCUGACGACGAAAUCGGUCAAAUAUUCUCGGAUUACGAGAACGAUUUCAAUCAUUUGGAUGAUAUUUUCCGCGUUGAAGACAAUCCGGAUGAUAUGCGGCUUGGACUCGAGCCGUUGCAUACGCCGGGUCCAGCCGAUUUCGAUCGCCAGUCGACAUCGUCGAUUCAAAACUUUACCGCAAAUUUGACUCUCGAUUCCGACACGGACUACCAAAGAAGAAGUGCGGAAUGUGCCAUGUGGUACAGCUCCUCGGAAGACGACUACAUGUACGAUGCGUUCGGCGAUUUUAUGCAAUACACAAAUGAAUACGUACCGCCAUAUAUGGUAAAGAAGAUAAAUUGCGAUAUCGCAGUUGGCUUUCCGGUGAAUGACCUUCAAAUUGUUUGUGACCUAAUGGACGCGGCCGUCUGCAAAGUUCGUGGAAACAAAUAA